AUGGGUUCUAUCGUUCUCCCUCAUCUCCAAACAGCUUGGCACGUUGACCAGGCCAUUCUCUCAGAAGAAGAGAGACUGGUGGUUAUUCGAUUCGGUCGCGACCAUGACCCCGACUGUAUCCGCCAAGAUGAACUUCUCUACAAGAUUGCCGAGCGUGUAAAGAACUUUGCCGUCAUCUACCUUUGCGACGUCGACCAGUGCCCCGACUUCAACACCAUGUACGAGCUCUACGAUCGGAUGACGAUCAUGUUCUUCUAUCGUAACAAACACAUGAUGUGUGAUUUUGGCACGGGUAACAACAACAAGUUGAACUGGGUGCUGGAGGACAAGCAGGAGUUGAUUGAUAUCAUCGAGACCAUCUACAAGGGCGCGAAGAAGGGCCGCGGUCUCGUUAUUACUCGACCCGAUACCGGUACUGAUCGAAGCUUUGGGGACAUUCGCGACCUUGGCGUAUCGCCGCCAACCGCACCCAGCACAACAACUUCAUCCUUCUUCUUCUUCCCUGCAACGACCCAACCUCACGACGAAAUGAUUGACCAGCAAAUUUUCGAGAGUCUUCAAACGAAGAUUGACGAGGAGACGAUCGUCAGAGAUGUGAGUCCCAGCAUCCCGCAUAUUCCGCGUACAGCGAAAUUCAUCAAUUCUUCGCGUGCCAAGCCUCAAGCUCUACGCGGGUGCUGUUCGCACAAUACAAGAUCACGAAAACUGACAGAUAUCCAGGAGCUACACGAUAUUGUCCAGACACUUGCACGCAAAGGGCGUUCUACUCAGGCCAUUCUUUCCAGGGCACACUCUACCCCGACCGAUCAAAUUCAUUCCGUCCUCGAGGAUGCGACUGCAGCAAUCAUUGCUCAGAAGCAAGAGGUUACCCGUUUGAAGACCGUGGCAGAUCAGCACCCUUUCUACAAGUAUAAUGGCGUGUGGUCACGAGAGCUGCAGAACCUGGUCGCCUCCAUCGAGCUCUGUGCAUGGCUGGGCGGUUUCCAGGAGCACAAGGGGCCCGAGUCCAAGUCGUUUAUGACGAUCGAGGAUGUCGGCAAGUUCCUAGAAGUUCCCGUCAACUUGAAGGGACAAGAUGCCUUCCACCUGACCAUCGAAGAAUAUCUGCUUGCCUUGAUUUCUAUGGUUGAGGAGCUGUCUCGUCUGGCUGUAAACUCCGUGACCUUGGGUGACUACGAGCGACCUGUAAAGAUCGGCAACUUCACCAAGGAGCUGUUCGCAGGAUUCCAGCUACUGAACCUAAAAAAUGAUAUCCUGCGCAAGCGCAGCGAUGGGAUCAAAUACAGCGUCAAGAAGGUCGAGGAUGUGGUGUACGAUCUUUCUUUGCGCAAUCUUAUUCCCAAAGACAGUGCGGCUGAGUAA